CGUACAGAGGUGUGCAGUCACACCCUCUUUCUCAAGUUUUUUCUUAAACGCUAGCCAAGAACGUACAGACCAGAAGAGUGGCAGAGAUGAAAAUAGCAUGCGUGGGGUGAGAGAGGAAGGACAGAGACUGAGAGAAUCAGAACGAAUGAAAGUAAGAGAGAUGCCAUUUCUUGACAUGUUGAGAAAGAGGGAGUAAGACAGAGACAAUAAGAGAGAGAAAGAGAAAAACAAGGCAGGAAUUGGGGAGAAAAGGUAAUUCUUAAAAUAUCUGAGCAUAUAAAACUUAUUGGAGUGGAAGCCCAUUGAAACAGAGCUACAGCCCAUCUCCCACACCCAUCAUGUCAAUUCCUGUAGACUUCCUGUUGGAGGAGCAGUUCACCUGCUCCAUCUGCCUGGAUGUCUUCACCAACCCUGUGUCCACCCCCUGCGGCCACAGCUUCUGCCUGGCCUGCAUCACUUCUUACUGGGACACACGGGGCAAGGCGUGCAUCUGUCCCCUCUGCAAGGAGAGCUUCCGCAAGCGGCCCGAGCUCCACACCAACCACACUCUCAAAGAGAUAACCGAGCAGUUUAAGCGCAUGGCAGAGGCUGGAGGUGCGGUUGCAAACGCUCAAGCACCCUCCGGCUCUGACCAGAGACCUAGUGUCCCACCGCGACCAGGGGAGCUGCCUGGAGGACUGCUGACAGAGAUGAAGACCAGGUUCCAGAAAGCAUCAUCCAGUGGGAACUUGCUAGCAUCGCCACCGCCAUAUGAGGCCUCCCAGAGGCGUUUCAGCAGCAGUGGGGUCAGUGCAGGUGGCUCAACUGGACCACCAUGUGCCAGGCAUGGACUGUGCCUAGAUAUGUUCUGCAGAAAUGAACAAAUGUGUGUGUGUGCAAUGUGCAUUGAGGGAGAACAUCAUGGACACUCCGUGACCCCGGCUAAACGAGAGAUGAAUAUUAAGAAGUCUCAGUUGGGCAUCAUAGGGACGGAGCUGCAGGUUUUAAUCACGGCCAGAGAAAAGAAGAUAGAGGAAAUUCAAACUUCACUGGCAGACAUUCAAGCGAAUGCACAGCAAGAGGCGGAGGUCACAGUCAGUAUGUUUCGUAUCCUACUCAACACUAUGGAGAGGUGUCAGGCCGAGCUUCUGGAGGUGGUGCAGAUGGGCCGCAUGGCCGCAGAACUGCGUGCACAGGCCCUCAUCCAGGACAUUCACCAGGAGAUAGAUGAAUUGAAAAAAAGGAGAAGCGCCCUCACCCAGCUCACACAGGCCACUGACCACAUCAGCUUCUUCAAGGCCUAUUCGUCCUUGUGUAGUGUUCCUCAAGUGAAGAGCUGGACAGAGCUGACCUUAACCCCUGAUCCCACAGCAGGGGCGGUGCUGAGGAAUGCCACUCAAAUAGUGGAAAGCCUCCAGGAGGAGCUGAAGAGACUGCCACAGCUAUGUUUGCAGACACCCAUGGAUUCACCGGCUAAAUAUUAUCCAAAAGUGCAGACCGUGCAAGAAUACGCAUUGGAUGUGACUCUGGAUCGAGACUCCGCCCAUCCACGGCUGCUUAUCUCAGAGGACUGUAAGCAAGUGUACUGUAGCGAACGCUACCAUGCUGUAGUGGACACUCCUGAACGUUUUGACCGCGUGGUGUGCGUACUGGGACGCCAAGGCUUCAACUCUGGUCGCCAUUACUGGGAGGUCCAAGUGGGAGGGAAGACAGAUUGGGAUUUGGGCGUGGCCAAGCGCUCCAUCAACCGAAAAGGGAAGAUCUCCGUCAGCCCAGCCAAUGGCUAUUGGUUUCUGAGCUUACGCGACAAUAAAGAAUACGCCUUUCGCACCGAUCCACCUACAGCAAUAUCUUUAAACCUCAAGCCUCAGAAGAUUGGUAUCUAUGUUGACUUUGAGAAGGGCCAAGUGUCCUUCUAUAAUGUAGAUGCCAAGAUGCUUAUUUUCACCUACAUGGACAUCUUUACUGACUUUCUACAUCCCUUCUUCAGUCCCUGCACAAACAAGUCAGGCAGAAAUGUGGAGCCCCUCAUCAUAUGUCCCAUCAAUCCAGCUAGCUGAGGCACACAUAAAUGCAUCAAGAGAAAACUGUUGUCUCAGUCACUUAGAACAGAAUUACCCUUGAUAUACACUCACCAAGCACUUAAUUAGGAACACCUGUACAUCCACUUAUUCGUGCAGUUAUCUAAUCAGCCAUUCAUGUGGCAGCAGUGCAGUGCAUAAAAUCAUGUAAAUAAGGCCUAUCAGCUUCACGGGUUCACAUUAGCCAUCAGAAUGGGGAAAAAAUGUGAUAUCAGUGAUUUUGACCAUGGCAUAUUUCUAUAACUGCCGAUCUCCUGGGAUUUUUAUGUACAACAAUCUCUAGAGUUUACUCAGAAUGGUGCAAUAAAGAAAACACAUCCAGUGAGCGGCAGUUCUG